AUGUCAAAAUUGGCAUCGAGUACUGACGGCGCUGAGGACCAGCGCGUCCGUGCCGACGAGCAGCCUGCCCAAAAACAGACCCUAGGACCCCUGUAUCUUGAUGUUUCAGAUGCGCUGCAUCAGCUGUCUGAUAUUGAUAUUUUUAUGAGUUGCGUCGACAUUCAAGAUCGCAUCGUACCAUCAUUGGAGGAGAAGGCCUCGGCAUGUACAAUGGCUCCAACUCAUUUAUACUAUGCACGUGUUCUUCAGGCAUAUCCUAACCGUGGCGAUUUCAUUGGCAGGAGAGGAGGAGACAUCAACGUGUUUCUUGAGAUUGCCCAGGGGGGCGCGCAUACAGCCGACCGCACGGUGCUUGACACGACUAUAAAUCUUUGUGUUCCAAAUAGUCGUCCGUGCGCUCCUUAUUUGCCAGAGGCUUUCCCUAACACCGUUCCCGAGCAGCUGUCACAUCUUCUUCCUUAUCACGUUGUCACUGGGCGAGUGAAUACAGACAUAGAAGACCUCACGAUAACGGUGAUAUCAAAACUGCUAUCCUCUCCAUCCUCUCCGUCGACUCAAAUCAUAGCCAAUUGCACACUUCUUGCUUGUGUCAUGGGCGGGGUUCAGGUUGACAAGAAAGACAUAGCUCGGAUUGAUAAAAGUUCUGCUCUGCCUCGACUCGGGGAGUCACUUUUGGCGCAGUUCCAAAAGGCUCUCUGGGCAUGGGAUGGAGGCGAGCUCGACGAAGAUAGCACGGGAGUUGUACGCCAGGCAUGGAACCUCCUCGACGUCAUUUGUCGCGUCCUCGAGCUUGCUGGAUAUUACAAUCCUUCAUGCUACACCAUGCGGAACCUAGACUCUUUGCAGAGCGGUUCCUGCACACCAGAAGACACCGACUGGCUGGUGGACUAUCUUGACUACAUCUGUUCCGACGACCACGAAGUGGCAUACGACAUCCUUUUACUCCUGGGUAGCAUGGGAAGCCUCAUCGCCUGCAUGGACAGUAACAUGCCUCCCCCUUUACGCCAUGCUGCUCUUCGCGCUACUCACAGUGCCCGAGAAGAGAUUGCCUCGAUUGAUGCCAUUGAUGAUGCGAGGCUAUGGGACAUGGUUUCGACCAAGCUCUCCCCCGCUAUUCUGUUGGUGCUUUACUACUUUUUCGACUAUGACCGCGACUUGUGCUAUCUGGAAUUAGUCCCUGACCUCGCGAGGAAUUCCGACUGGCACCCCCAUUUGUCUGGAGAUCGCCAUGUCGAUCGAUGCAUUAGCAUGAUUUCAGAGUACUGCGAUCGCGAAUCACCCACGGGGCAUGCCUUAUACAUUGCUGGUAUCCUCCUUCGAAUCGCAGCUGAACAGACGUUAGUUACAUCGCUCGAAUCUGUUACAGAGCAGCAGUGGUGGGACGUGAUGAGAUGCGCGUGGUAUUAUGUUCCCUAUGCCAUUCGCAGAACACGCGAUUUCGAGCUCCUUGCCCUUGUGGAUGGCACAAAGAAGUAUAUGCAGGUUACUUCGAAAUCUGGUCUCAAGAAUCUCAUCAGAGAUGUGGAUCAUGUUCUGAACAUGGGACUGGAGAUGGGACCGGAGAUGCAAGGUUUAGAGCAGGCAGAGGGGACCACUAUUGCUGUGAUGGAAUGGAGGACUACAGCCAGUAGCAUGCUGGAGGGCUUUGAUUAGUUGCCUAAUUAUGAUGGUGCUUGCAUAGUGUUGGAGUCCUGGAAUCGAAGCAAGUCAUGGGACAGUGUAUGUGGGAAGUAUCAAGACCUCAAUAAAAUCGAUAUGGAAUGCAUCAGUCGUCUGACCCUGACUUCAGUGGUAGACACAUGUCAUGCGUGCAUUGAUGAAUCAGUUGCGCUGCUAGAUGGCAAGCAUGGUGCUCAAUCAAAUGAUAACCCUAGAGUUGGUUUUCC